GGCGAGAGAGCUAGUUGGGGGGAGAGGAGCGCCGAGUCCUCUGGACGUGGUUUGGAGAAGCUGCCUCCUGUGGGGAGGAUCCACGGCGGGGAGGGGGAGCUGUUCCUACUCAACCAAUGACCGAUUUACGCCGGCUUUGCAGGCUUAGAUGGGUACAACUCUUCUACAAAAAAGAAUCCUGAUUUAGAUUAAUUUCCAUUUUGUGCUUCGCUAUUACAAGGUGUUACACAAGUAAACAAUGAAAGUGUUGUUAUUGAAAGAUCCAAAGGAAAGUGAUAGUGGACCAGAUUCUUAUAUAAAGGAACUUGGUUCACACGGACUCAAAGCAACCUUAAUUCCAGUUUUAGCAUUUGAAUUUAUUUCUCUUCAAACUUUCUCUGAAAAACUUUUUCAUCCUAAACAAUACUGUGGAUUAAUUUUUACCAGUCCAAGAGCAGUAGAAGCUGUUAAAUUAGGCCUAGUGGAUAGUUGUAAAAAAGAAGCUUGGAAGAAUUAUCUAAGAGAAGAAUGGAAUACUAAACCUGUUUAUGUGGUAGGGAAAGCUACUGCUGGAUUAGUAACUGAAAUAGGUCUCAAACCACAAGGAGAAGAUUGCGGAAAUGCUGAAAAACUAGCAGAAUUCAUUUGCUACCGGGAGCCAUCCAAUUCAUUGCCUCUUCUUUUUCCAUGUGGUGCUCUAAAAAGGGAAACGCUUCCAACAAUGCUCAAGGACAAAGAUAUUGUAUUGGAAUCCGUCACUGUUUAUCAAACCAGUCAACAUCCCGACCUCCAGGAAUCCUUGACGAAUUACUUCUCACAAGAGGGUGUUCCUGCUGGUAUUAUUUUCUUCAGUCCUUCUGGUGUCAAGUAUUGUCUGAAGCAGAUUUUGAAAUUGUCAGGUGAUCUCAUUUCCCAAAUUAAGUUUGCCGCAAUAGGUCCAACAACAGCUGGAGCUCUUGUAAAUGAAGGAAUCUUAGUAAGCUGUACAGCCAGUCGCCCUACCCCCCAGGAUCUUGCUGCUGAACUUAGAAAAUGCCUCUAGCUGUAAUACAUUUGAAGACUCUAUAAUUUGCAGUAAUAUCUAAAAUUAAAAAUACCUUCUUUACGAUUUAAUAUUGGGUUAUUCCUGGCAAUCAUUGGAAGUAUACAUCUCUGAUGUUUUGAACACUUUUCUCUUGUAUUAGUAGCAGUGAUUAAUGCUGCUGUACACUAACCUGGAUUAUAUGAUGUGUAUUCUAACUAAUGUUUGAUAAGCUAGCUUUGUUUACACAAAAAGAAUCUGAAUUGUAGCUUCAAAUUGUUUUUGCAUUUCCUUAGAAGAUAAAAAUAGAUGAUAUACCUGAAUAAAUAUAUUCAUCAGGCUGUAUUUUAGGGAAGCAGAGCACAGAAACAACCAAUUAAAUUGAAGGCAUUAGAUAAGAAAAAAGAAGUAAAUAAAUUGAAUCUAGUUUUCAUCAAUACAUUCACUGUAUCUCUACACUUUUCUAUCUUUGCAAAUUAUCUUUAUUUGCACCAGUCCACACACCUAUUCAUGUAUUUGUGUGUGUGUCAUAUUCCUUGGUGCAUGACAGUCUAUUUAAAAUUCAUUGCACAUCAGAUUCCCUACUCAAAACCCAAAAUACUCUGCAUAUAAAAAUUAAAUAUAUAUUCAGAUCCCCAAACACAAAAUUCUAAGAUCACCCGCAGGCAUUCCUUUUAUAGUUCUCCAUAAAUACAUUAAACAGUCAUCCUCAGCUCUCUCCUUGCUCAGUGUUCAUUUGCUAAGCAUUCCUUUUACCCCAUGCAUGCUAUUUUCAUUGUAUACCAUUCUUACCAUAUUCAUCAACUAAUCUAGAACUCCAAAGUCUUUCAUAAUUCAAGCAUUACUACUUUCAUCGUAUGCUUUCUCUAAAUCAACACAUCAAUAAACUUUCUAACAUACACACAUUCCUCAGUGAUUACACAAUAAAAUUUCAAAACCUUCAUGGUAUUAUACCUUAAAAAAGAGAAGUACAGGAAAAAAGAAGAACAAGUCCUU